UUCUGCUUGGUGACAAACCAGGAAAUCGAGGCUUUGGCUAUUAGACAGGCGAGCAGGUAGUUGUGAAGGAGUCAGGUAGAACAAGGAAUUUAAAAGUAGUUACUCAUACCAACUGUUUUAGAAGCCGUCAGCUCAAAUUAACAUGGCUUCUCUAUUUAAGACGAAGACUGUCGACGAUAUCAUUAAAGAACAAACCAAAGAGCUGAGAGGAACCCAGAGACAAAUCACCAGAGACCGAGCAGCUCUAGAGAAACAGGAGAAGCAAAUGGAAAUGGAAAUUAAGAAAAUGGCUAAGACUGGAAACAGAGAAGCAUGUAAAAUCCUGGCCAAACAACUGGUGCAGCUGAGGAAGCAGAAGAACAGAACCUAUGCCGUUAGCUCCAAGGUCACCUCCAUGUCCACGCAGACCAAAGUCAUGAACUCUCAGAUGAAGAUGGCAGGAGCUAUGUCCACUACGGCCAAGACCAUGCAAGCUGUCAAUAAGAAAAUGGACCCAAAGAAAACUCUGCAGACAAUGCAGGACUUCCAGAAGGAGAACUUGAAGAUGGGACAUACUGAAAAUAUGAUCAACGACACGCUGGAUGAGAUCUUUGAUGAAUCAGGCGAUGAGGAGGAAUGUCAGGACAUUGUGAACCAGGUUCUGGAUGAGAUUAGCAUCGAAAUUUCAAGAAAGAUGGUAAGUGCUCCGUCGGCAGGCAAGAGCCUCCAUAGUGCAUCCAAGACCAAGACCGCCACCAUCUCAGAUGAGGAGAUAGAGAGACAGCUGAAGGCCCUUGGAGUAGACUAACUCUCCCCACUGUCUGCACCUGCCAGCCCCCCCGCCCCCCCCCCCUCCCCCAACCACCACCACAUGACUGUUCACCAAUGG